AUGAGCAAGAUCGAGAGCGUCCUGACAGACAAGGCCCCCAAGCCGCUCCCUCAAUUCUCCCAGGCCAUCAAGUACAAUGGCCUAGUCUACUGCUCCGGCAACAUUGGCCUCCACCCGGCGACGUCUAUCGCGGUGGAGGGGACUGUCAAGGACAGGACGAGGCAAGCUCUGAGCAACCUCGAGGCUGUCCUUGAAGCAUCCGGAAGCAGCAAGAGAAACGUGCUCAAGGUCAACAUCUUCAUCACCACAAUGGACGACUUCGCCACAAUGAACGAGGCAUAUGAUGAGUUCUUCUCAUUUGAACCGAAGCCUGGUUCUUUCGAAGUCACUGUCCAAAUUCCUAGCGAUGAGAUGACCUCAACUACCCAAUUGCGCAUUCUGCGCACCUCACUACGCUCCUCCCCAUUCCCACUGCCACUGCGACCCGGCUAUUGUCAGCUGCACGCAACUGCGAGCCAGCGAGCCCAACCUCGCCCACAUCAACCACCAUGCGCGCCGCGCCCCUUCUCAUCCACGCCAUGCACCCGCCGGAAGCCCAAAAAGGCCAACAUGGCCUUCACAGCAGACAAGACAGCGCAGCAUCCUGACCGCGACCCCCUCCAGCCGACACAGACCACCUCCCCAACAGCAGCCAACCCGCCAGCCUCGACGCGCCCUCCCCCACUGGCCCUCCCCGCGCGCGACCCAGCCGCCAGCAGGUUCCGCCACCUCUUCCUGACAGGCAAGGCCUACCUGGCCUUCUACAAGACAGGCUUCAAGCAGAUCUACAUCAACACGCGGCUCGUCUGGUCGCUGCGCUCCGCCUCGGGCAUCCCGCCCGACACGCCCGCCCCGGGCACCACCGCCUCGCCGCCGACGCUGCGCCCCGCCGCGACGACGCGGUCGACCGAGCUGCUCAAGCGGCGGUGGCGCCACGACGUCCGGCGGCUCCCGCUUUUUGCGGUCAUGUUUGUCAUAUGCGGCGAGUUCACGCCGCUGGUCGUGCUGGCGCUGCCGGGCGUCGUGCCGCUGACGUGCCGCAUCCCGCGGCAGGUCGAGCAGCUACGGCGGGCGGCCGAGGCGCGGCGGGAGGCGUCGCUCGCGAGGUUACAGCAGGAACAUGACUCUGGCGCGCCCCUGUCCCGCGCCGCGGUCACGGCCCACGUCGCCCGCUCGCUGGGCCUCGUGUCGCCGAUCUGGGACCGCCUCCGCGCCCCGGACUCGCUCGUCGCCUUGCUUGCCUCGCGCAGGGUGCGCGGCCGCGUUACGUUCCUCGACCGGGACAACCACCUCCUUUCCCAGGCGGGCGGUGUCGCCGCGCUCGAGGACGAAGAGGUCGCGCUGGCUUGUGAGGACCGCGGCCUGCCUGUGCUCGACAGGUCGGCCGCGGAGUUGCGGAAGUCGCUGGGGCGGUGGAUGGCCUUGGCGGAGCCGGACUCUCCUGGCCAGCAGGAAGCCGGCGAGGGCGACAGCCUUUGGAGCCCUGAGGCAGUGGCCGAGAGAGAGGCGCUCAUGGUGUCGUUGCUGGCGGCGCAAAAGUGGCCCUUGGAAAGGCAAGAGCUUGAAGCACUGACAGGCAAGGUCAAAUGGUAG